UUUUUUUAUCAUAUCGUGACAUUACCCAGUUGACCAAAUGGUUAAUUUUGAAAAGAGGAGCAUUUGCCGUUUCUUGCAUUGCAAAAGGCACGCAGUUUCCUGUUUGACCUGCAUCCAUAUGUGCCAAGCAUAAAAGCCUGAUGUAUUGAGUGUAUUGGUACUUGGUAGUAAGGUACUACCUUCCUGAUUAGCAUCAUGUACUUCUGCGUGUUUGGUUUCCUAAAGAGGCACAUCAUCAAGCAAAUAGGCUCACGGAGGAUACGGAAACCGUUUCAGAUUGUUGGAGAAGAUAGAUCAACAGCAGCUGCAGACGACUACAUAUAUGAAGAUGAUUCUGUGAAAAGAUCAAUCUUGAGCUCACCUUUAGUUGAGUUCAGCAGUGUUUAUUCAGCAACAAACAAUUUCAGCGAAAAGCUUGGCGAAGGUGGAUUUGGCCCAGUUUUCAAGGGGAUACUACCUGACGGCCAAGAGAUCGCUAUUAAGAGGCUAUCUAAGACCUCCGCGCAGGGACUGGAGGAGUUCAAGAACGAGGUGACGGUGCUAUCCAAGCUGCAGCACCGGAACUUGGUGAGGCUUUUCGGUUGUUGUGUUCAUGGAGAGGAGAAGAUGAUGGUGUACGAAUACAUGCCCAACAAGAGUCUGGACUCAUUUAUUUUCAACGAAAGUAAGAGGCUCGUGUUAGGCUGGAGUCUGCGAUACAAGAUCAUUCAGGGAAUCGGGAGAGGGUUACUGUACCUCCACCAGGAUUCCAGGCUGAAAAUUAUUCACAGGGAUCUCAAGGCGAGCAACGUUCUGCUAGACGAUGAUUUCAGCCCCAAGAUCUCGGACUUUGGCAUGGCUAGGAUUUUCGGUGAACACCAGCUUCAAGACCUUACCCGUCGAAUCGUCGGAACCUAUGGCUACAUCUCCCCGGAGUACGCAAUGGAGGGCAAAUUCUCUGACAAAUCUGACGUAUUCAGUUUCGGCGUGCUGGUCCUAGAGAUCGUGAGUGGCCGCAGGAACAGCUCCCUCCUCGACGAUGAGUGGUCAAUGAACCUCUUGGGCUAUGCAUGGACCCUGUGGAAGGAAGGCAGCGUCUCGGAGCUCAUCGACCCGCUCAUGGGAGCAACGUACGCUUACGAUGAAGCCUGCAGAUGCGUUCAGGUGGGUCUCCUGUGCGUGCAGGAGGUACCAGCCGAGAGGCCAGCCAUGCCCCUGGUGCUCAGGAUGCUGAGUGGUGACGCCGCGAUCCCGUCCCCGAAGCAAGCUGCGUUUUUCGUUGGGAGGGCACCUCGUCUUCCUCCUGCGGAUGACAGUAGUAAUACUGAAUCGGGGAAUCAAUUGACGUGCACGGAUCUUCAGGGCAGAUAGUCUCAGUCUCAGUCUCAGGGUGCACAAGCUUAUUCACGCCGUAUGUCGUAGCCGUACGUGGACAUGGCCUUGUGUUACACAGAUUAUAUUGCUGCUAGUGCUCGUGUUGUAAUUUCGCUGUAUAUAUAUCGUACCCGUAUGUGUGUUGUCGUUUGACACUGUAAAUUGUAAAUGUGAUGCUAGAACUGUUCUUCCUCAUGCA